UGCCGCGCUGCGGGACUCUAUAUAGUGCGCGAGCUCGCGGGCCCUCGAGUUCCAGCAGUUUGCUAGCUGCCGUCGGCUCCGCGCGGGGGGCGGGCCGGGUACCCCGGGGCGCGGAGAAGCGCUCUUUGCUUCUCUUUCCUUUUCCCCCACGCCGUACUCCUGGGCACCCCUCAAACCAGUCCACUCUGCUUCUCUCUCCCUCUUCUCGUCCCCAGCCAACUUUCGGUCCUUCCCCCGCCCCUCUCCCGUUAUUCGUCGUGGCUCGAGCUCGGCCGCGCCGCCCCGAGGGUUUUUUCGGACCUCCCUGCCUGCAACUGCGACCAGUACAGAAUCGAGAAACAUGUCGACCACACUUCUGUCCGCCUUCUACGAUAUCGACUUCUUGUGCAAGACGGAGAAAUCCCUGGCCAACCUCAAUCUGAACAACAUGCUGGACAAGAAGGCAGUGGGGACGCCCGUGGCCGCCGCCCCAAGUUCGGGCUUUGCCCCGGGCUUCCUCCGACGGCACUCGGCCAGCAACUUGCACGCGCUCGCCCACCCCGCGCCCAGCCCCGGCAGCUGCUCGCCCAAGUUCCCGGGCGCGCCUAACGGCAGCAGCUGCGGCAGCGGGGCGGCCGGCAGCCCGGCCUCCUACGGCACCCUCAAGGAGCCGUCGGGGGGCGGCGGCACGGCCCUGCUGAACAAGGAGAACAAAUUCCGGGACCGCUCUUUCAGCGAGAACAGCGAGCGCAGCCAGCACCUCCUGCACCUGCAGCAGCAGCAGAAGGGGGGCGGCGGCUCCCAGAUCAACUCCACUCGCUACAAAACGGAGCUGUGCCGGCCCUUCGAGGAGAGCGGCACGUGCAAGUACGGUGAGAAGUGCCAGUUCGCACACGGCUUCCACGAGCUGCGCAGUCUGACCCGCCACCCCAAGUACAAGACAGAGCUGUGCCGCACCUUCCACACCAUCGGUUUCUGCCCUUACGGGCCGCGCUGCCACUUCAUCCACAACGCGGACGAGCGGCGGCCCGCGCCGUCGGGGGCCGCCUCCGGGGACUUGCGCACGUUCAGCGCGCGUGACGCGCUGCACCUGGGCUUCCCUCGGGAGCCGCGGCCCAAGCUGCACCACAGCCUCAGCUUCUCUGGCUUCCCGUCGGGCCACCACCAGCCGCCUGGGGGCCUCGAGUCGCCGCUGCUUCUCGACAGCCCGACGUCGCGGACGCCGCCGCCGCCCUCCUGCUCCUCGGCCUCGUCCUGCUCUUCGUCAGCUUCGUCCUGCUCUUCCGCCUCGGCGGCCUCCACGCCCUCUGGCGCCCCGACGUGUUGCGCCUCGGCGGCGGCGGCGGCGGCAGCAACGGCCGCCAUCCUGUACAGCACAGGGGGCGCCGAAGACCUGCUGGCAUCUGGUGCUCCGUGCACUACCUGCUCGUCUGCCUCGUGUGCCAACAACGCCUUUGCCUUCGGUCCGGAGCUGAGCAGCCUCAUCACGCCGCUCGCCAUCCAGACCCACAGCUUCGCCGCGGUGGCCGCCGCCUACUAUCGCAACCAGCAGCAGCAGGGCCUGGUGCCCCCCACACAGCCCCCGGCGCCACCCAGCGCGCCCCUCCCUGCCAGUGCCGCUGCGCCACCCUCGCCACCUUUCAACUACCAGCUGCCAUGCCGCCUGUCCGAGUCACCCGUGUUCGAUGCGCCCCCUAGUCCUCCUGACUCGCUGUCGGACCGCGACAGCUACUUGAGCGGCUCCCUGAGCUCGGGCAGCCUCAGCGGCUCCGAGUCCCCCAGCCUCGACCCCGGCCGCCGUCUGCCCAUCUUCAGCCGCCUCUCCAUCUCCGACGACUGAGGCAAGAGGGCGCCAGUGAGGAGGAGGAGGAGGAGGAGGAAGGGAAGGCCGAUGGGGGGGGUGUUAGGGGGUUCCCUUGCCAUCUCGCCCGUGCUAGGGAGUUGGGGAGGUGAUAAAGGCCACAAACAGACUGCAGGCUGGACCGAGCCCUUGGACUCGAACUUGUGUGCCAGGAGGGGCCCUGCCCCUCCCCUUUCGGUUUCCUCUUGUUUUGUUUUGUUUUGUUUUUUUAUUAUUUUUAUUAUUAUUACGAAGUGUCAUUGUUGAGCAAAAAAAAAAAAAAGCCAACGAACUUUUUGUAUUGAUGAACAAAAUAUUCACAACUGGGCAGUUGUGAUGCGAAUAGAACAAAAAAACACAUAAACUUUCUAAACUUUAGGUCUCAGAUGAGUUUGGGACUUUAGGAAAAAUCAACCCAGCACCAGCAGCUACCAACCACCAUUCCAUAUCUUCACUUGAAAAGCAUUAGUUACAGUCCAGAUGUGGGAACUUUUAUCUUGAAAGAAGUUCCUUAUUGUUGCUCGUCUCAGACCAGUGUAAACAAACCAGCCAAACCACCACCUUGCUGAACCUAUAAGCUUUUAAUAUUCUGCCAAGAAUAUGCCUUGAUAGUAGGCUCCAUACGUUUGUUGUUGUUGUUGUUGUUGUUUUUUUUUUUUGGGUUAACAUGUGUCUGGAAGAAGAAAAACCUUGCAUUCCAAAGUUUCAUACUGGGUUACUGGUUUCAUUGCCACCACUUAGUGGAUGUUUAAUUUAGAACCAUUUUGUCUGCUCUCUCUGGAAGCCUUGAGCAGACCUUAGUUUGUAAUCGUUGGUGAAUAACUGCUGAAUUUUUAGCUGUUUUGAGUUGAUUCGCACCACUGCACCACAACUCAAUAUGAAAAAACUAUUUAACUUAUUUAUUAUCUUGUGAAAAGUAUACAUUGAAAAUUUUGUUCAUACUGUAUUUAUCAAGUAUGAUGAAAAGCAAUAGAUAUAUAUUCUUUUAUUAUGUUAAAUUAUGAUUGCCAUUAUUAAUCGGCAAAAUGUGGAGUGUAUGUUCUUUUCACAGUAAUAUAUGCCUUUUGUAACUUCACAUGGUUAUUUUAUUGUAAAUGAGUAAAAAAAUCUUAAUUUAAGAGAUUGUAUGUAAUAUUUAUUUCAUUAAUUUCUUUCCUUGUUUACGUAAAUUUUGAAAGAUUGCAUGAUUUCUUUACAGAAAUCUAUCUUGAUGCUGUGGAAGUAGUUUAAGGAAUAUCUUAAGAGUUUUCUUAGAAUGUAUAAUGGUUGCAGCCCAUCCAACUUUAAAGAAAAGACGACCACAUACUUUGCAGUCAGAUCAAAAUGUGGCAUGCUUUUCUCAUUCCAACUUUAUAAAUUAGCAAGAGUGUUUUUGCUUAUUCCACCAGUUCUACUGUGACAUACUGUGCAUAUAAAAACAUGUAGCAAUAAUGGAGGGUAGUCUCUCACCGUGCCUUGGAAGGGCCAGAACUAGCCUUAAAACUUCCUCAACCAAAUAAGUAUUUUGUUUAUUAGUGCUUGAGAGAAUUUGAAUGUAGGAUGGGUUCAACUGCACAAAAGGAAAAGAUUUUUACCACUUUUUUUUAUAUAGAUAAAGUGAAGAGGCCACCUCUUAGUGCUAAAAUAAUAGUACAUAUUACAUGAAUAUGCCUUGUUUAAUUACAGGAAAUUCCAAAACUUGUACUAUUUUUUUUUCCCCAUGUAGAAAGGCAGGAAUGCUUUCCUGAAAAGUGGAUGAAUGAGCAGUAGCUUUAGUUUGUAUGUACGUAGGUACAGUUGGAGCACUAUGUAUUUAUGUACUCUGGACUACUUUAACAGAAGUAGGUAUUUGAAUGUAACAGGAUAAGUCAACUUGAGUUGUAAUAUACUUUGGGGAAUCAGUUCACUACAAAUUGUGACUGUAAACAUUGUACUGUAAAUGUUUUGUAGUUUCCCCCAAUAAAAAUUUUGGGAAAAAAAAAAGUUAAGC